AUGACACUGGCAGCCAUGGCGAGCGUCCUCAUCGAUGGCAGUGUGCUCGAAGGUGGAGGACAGAUUCUCCGCAACUCGGUUUCACUCUCCGCGUUGCUCUCAAAGCCAGUAGUUAUUCACAAAAUUCGAGAUGGCCGCACGCCACCUGGUCUCAAGAACCAGCAUCGGACUGGUUUGGAACUUGCAGCUGAAUUGGCAUCUGCGCGUCUUACUGGAGCAAAGAAUGGGUCAACGGACAUCGAGUUUGUUCCAGGGCGCGUACAACUCCCAGGGAAUUAUAUUGCGGACACGGUAACCGCUGGGUCUAUCACCCUCCUGUUGCAAAUCACUCUCCCCCUUCUCGUGUUCUCGUCUAGGCCCGUGGGGCCUUCUACGCUGACACUCCUCGGCGGAACCAAUGCAACACAAGCACCCCAGAUAGACUAUACGAAGCAUGUCUUCCUCCCGUUCCUUAAGCGGCACUUUGGACUUGGUGGGGAGAGUAUCCUAUUAGACAUUAGAAAGCGAGGGUACUUUCCCAAAGGCGGGGGGGAAGUGAGUGUCCGCGUUACCCCAACCCAAGACAAGCUGAAAAGUGUGACGCUACUGGAGCGGGGAGGGGUGAAAAGUAUUGGCGGGAUAUCACAUUACGCUAAACUUCCUUUGGUCGUGGGGAGUGAGAUGGUGCUCGGGGCGAAGAAACGACUAGCGCAGGCUGGGUUGGAAACUGUCAACAUCGACUGCCAACGUGAGCCCAACUCAUUGUCGCUGGGAGGUGGGAGUGGGAUUGUAUUGUGGGCGGAACUGGAAGGUGGGGGGAUGAUUGGGGGAAGCGCUGUGGGUAGGAAAGGCAUAGCGCCUGAAAAGGUAGGGGAGGAGGCGGCUGAGGAAUUGAUCAGGGGAUUAGAGGGAGGAGGUUGUGUCGACGAGUGGCUGCAAGACCAGAUGAUCAUAUUCAUGGCAUUGGCAGAGGGCACCUCGCAAGUAAGAACAGGGGCUGUGACAUUGCACACCCAGACUGCAAUUUGGCUCGCACAGCAACUUACAGAUGCCAAAUUCGAGGUAGAGGAGGAAUCGUCCGGGACAGUCAUCAUUCGUUGUCAAGGAAUCGGAUAUCAAUAUCAUCAGGAAGAAUUACAUUAA